AUGCUCGGGACAGUACCACGUCUUUCGUCCCUCUCUCGCCACUCGCCUUUCGCCCUGCCGCUGGUGCUGGACGUGGCAGACGCGGUGAAGGAGCUGGUGGGGAGGAGUCUCGCUGCCAGUGGGGUACCUGCUUCUUCCCAUCACCCAGCUGCCCCUUUCCUCCUCCUUCCCCACCGCCUCCCUCCCAUCCACCUCGCGCAGGUGGUGUUGGAUGUGGCAGGCCCGAUGAAGGAGCUGGUGGAGAACAGCCUGGACGCGCCUAUGUUGGAAGUGGCAGAGGCGGUGAAGGAGCUGGUGGAGAACAGCCUGGACGCAGGGGCAACAAGCGUGGAGGUGCGCCUCAAGGACUUUGGCGUAGAGCUGUUUGAGGUGGCCGACAACGGCUGUUGGGUCGCCCCUCCCAACUGGCAGGUGACGUUAAGGCCGCCCAAGGGUUGUUGA